AUGCCAACUGCCAUGGACAUUCACCCAAAUGACUGCCAUGUCUCUUUCAACGUUCAGGACGACGACGAGAAUCCCCAGACUCUCAAAAUCAUCACAGUAAUGGCCACGCAUCCUGCCCAUCAUGGCCCCGUGGCAUCCAUAGAGGCCGUAAAAAUCUUGCGGAGAUUUUGCAAAGGCCAAUUCCUCGACGUCAUGGACGAAGAGAGCGACGAGAUGCAUCAGUUCUCUGUUGCUCUCUUCGACAAGUUCGGUAAGGUCAAACCUUUCUUGAUCAGUGAGGGUCACCGUAGUGGCACGGGGUGUUGGGGCGAGGAGUUAAACACUGGAGAACUCAUUUAUAUCAAGGAUAUCAACGUCAACGACCCUUACAGGGGCAAAGGGGUGGGGUCUUGGAUUUUGAAACAAUUCUUGACAUCCCACCAUGUUGGACCUUCCGAUACCGUUAUCUGUUGGCCCACUCCCAGCAACCAGCCUCCCUCGCAAGAAGAGUGGAAGGCAAUCCAGAAUCGACAGAUCUCGUUCCUCCGCAAGAAUCAUUUCCGCAGGAUCGGCCGAACAUCCUUCUUCGGCUACUCUCCAAACCCCUCGCAUCCUUCACGCAGCGUUUCCGCAGACGCAGAUCCAGAAAGUGCAGAAGCCCUCUUCACUCAAUCGGUUGGUCCAGCCUCAGCGACCGACCAGGCUCAAGCAUUUCCUCUACACUUCGCUCUCAUCAACCUCCCCCGCUCGGAAGUCCCCAAUGCCAUCAGAUCCUUCCACGCUGUUGAUUCAAACUUGAUCCACAAACAGGACCAAGACGGGUUCACUCUGCUCUAUUUAGCCGCAGCGCAGGGAAACGCCCCCGCCGUUAGCACCCUGCUCGAAUUGGGCGCUGCAUCUGAUUUGAACAACUAUGCGAAUAAGGAAGGCAUGACGCCGCUUGAGAGGAUCGACGAGACCAUGCGCUCGGAGCGUGAGUUCUCGGAAACGCUGCUGCAGCAGUGGGACGGGUACUCGGGUGAGCAGCUAGCGGUGCAGGCUAUGCUGACACGCGCGCUGGGGGUGUUUCCUGAGGGGAUGAGCGACGAAACCUAUGCUGAAAAAAAGAAAUGGGGGUGCACGUGUGAUCAGUGUACGGAUGGGUGGUUAUCCCCAAGAAUGAGAUUCCGGCUUGAUUAUGAAUCUGCGCUUUGCUCCGACGUCAUGCGAGACUGCGCCCCCCUCUUCCGUGUAGGGGAGCUGUUGGACGACCUACUCCCGCCCCAGUUUGAUAGCAUCCCAGAGCAUGUUCGGGCGAACAUGACCAAGACAUUUUACUUCGGUUUCAUAAACUUGUUCAAGGCUCUCAACAUCAUUCUCCGCGAUGUCAACAAAGCACCCACCAUCUCAGACGUUCAAGCCUUGGCGUAUCGAGACACGAGCGCGGCCUUCUACUUUGGAAAAGGCGGUAAAGUGGAAUACGCAAUCGAUGCGCUAGUCAAUAGCACAGAGGAGGCCUCGAGUUUGAUUGAUGGGACGUUCGAGGAGUUGUACGAAGAUGAAAAUGAGACAGACGAUAGUUUCAGGCGGUUACCAAAAUGCGCCAACGAUUUGGAGUUUGGGCUCGUGAAGAGGAAGAUGGGGGGUUUUCUGGGUGCGGCGGGUGGCAUUUUGGGUGGGCCUGCGUUUGGAGGUGGUUUUGGGUCGAUGGCUCCUGGUGAUGUGGCUUUGUUAAGGUCACUUCAGGCGUCCAUCGCAAUGCAGCAGGAUGAGGGAGAGGAAGGGGAUGAUGAUGAUGAUUCCGGUAUGGAUUAUUAG